AUGGCGUUGUUGAACAGCCUUGUGCAGAAUUCGUUUGUCGCAUUUUUGCUUCUGGCACCAAGAGCACUCAGUGUGGGCUUGGACGACAUUUUUCAAGUUACCAAAGGCACCGCUGAAGGUAGCUGUGAUCGCUACCGAAAGGGCAUUGGCAAUGGGAUGCUGGAUACCAUCUUCGACGAGACCCAAAGAAUGAAUACCAAUGUCGUCAAGGCACUGGAACUGGAGCCUCGAGCUGGCAGCGACGAUGCCCGCAAGCUGCUACGCACGCUUUUCGGCGUUAGUUCAAGACCUGAUGGAUCCUCGCAGCAGCAAGCCCUAGAGGGCGCAAUGAUCACCCAGAUCAAAUAA